AGCGAGUUCUGAGAAUAAAAAGAAGAAGGGGUGGAAGAGGGGGCCAGGAUCCAGGCCUCCAUCCCCACAGAAGUGAAGACACACUUGGGAGGUCUCCUCCCACACCAACAGUCACGCUGGGUCCCGACUGCCCACCUCCUCCUCCUCCCCCUCCCCCCAACAACAACAACAACAACUCCAAACACAGCGGCCACAAGAGCCCCUGUGUCCCCAACAUGACCGAACGCAGGAGGGAUGAGCUGUCUGAAGAGAUCAACAACUUAAGAGAGAAGGUCAUGAGGCAGUCCGAAGAGAACAGCAACCUGCAGAACCAGGUGCAGAAGCUCACCGAGGAAAACUGCUCUCUUCGUGAGCAAGUGGAGCCCCCUGCUGACGACGAGGAUGACGACAUCGAGCUCCGUGGUGCUGCGGCCGCUGCUGCGCCACCCCCUGCAGUCGAGGAAGAGUGCCCAGAAGACCUCCCGGAGAAGUUUGAUGGCAACCCAGACAUGCUGGUUCCUUUCAUGUCCCAGUGCCAGGUCUUCAUGGAAAAGAGCACCAGAGAUUUCUCAGUGGAUCGCGUCCGCGUCUGCUUCGUGACAAGCAUGAUGACCGGCCGCGCUGCCCGCUGGGCCUCGGCCAAGCUGGAGCGGUCCCAUUACCUGAUGCACAACUACCCUGCCUUCAUGAUGGAAAUGAAGCAUGUCUUUGAAGACCCUCAGAGGCGAGAGGCUGCCAAACGCAAGAUCAGACGUCUCCGCCAAGGCAUGGGGUCUGUCGUCGACUAUUCCAAUGCUUUCCAGAUGAUUGCCCAGGACCUGGAUUGGAAUGAGCCUGCGCUGAUUGACCAGUACCACGAGGGCCUCAGCGACCACAUUCAGGAGGAGCUGUCCCACCUCGAGGUCGCCAAGUCGCUGUCCGCACUGAUCGGCCAGUGCAUUCACAUUGAGAGAAGGCUGGCCAGGGCUGCUGCAGCUCGCAAGCCACGCUCCCCGCCCCGGGCGCUGGUGUUGCCUCACAUCACAAACCACCACCAGGUAGAUCCUACCGAGCCCGUGGGAGGUGCCCGCAUGCGCCUGACCCAGGAAGAGAAGGAGAGACGCAGAAAGCUGAACCUCUGCCUCUACUGUGGAAACGGAGGUCACUACGCCGACAACUGUCCUGCCAAGGCCUCAAAGUCUUCACGCGGGAAACUCCCCGGCCCCGCUGUAGAGGGACCUUCAGCGACCGGGCCAGAAAUAACAAGGUCCCCACAAGAUGAUAUUUCAACUCCACACUUGCAAGUGAUGCUCCAGAUCCAUCUUCCGGGCAGACACACCCUGUUCGUCCGAGCCAUGAUCGAUUCUGGUGCUUCUGGCAACUUCAUUGAUCAUGAAUAUGUUGCACAAAAUGGAAUUCCUGUAAGAGUCAAGGACUGGCCAAUACUUGUGGAAGCAAUUGAUGGGCGCCCCGUAGCAUCGGGCCCAGUUGUCCACGAAACACACAACCUGAUUGUUGACCUGGGAGAUCACCGUGAGGUGCUGUCCUUUGAUGUGACUCAGUCUCCGUUCUUCCCCAUCGUCCUAGGGGUUCGCUGGCUGAGCACACAUGAUCCUAACAUCACAUGGAGCACCCGCUCCAUUGUCUUUGAUUCUGAAUAUUGCCGAUACCACUGCCGGAUGUACUGUCCAAUACCACCCUCGCUCCCACUACAACCGUCCCUUUACUACCCAGUAGACGGAUACAGAGUUUACCAACCAGUGAGGUAUUAUUAUGUCCAGAAUGUGUACACUCCAGUAGAUGAGCACGUCUACCCAGAUCACCGCCUGGUUGACCCCAAUAUAGAAAUGAUACCUGGAGCACACAGUAUUCCCAGCGGACAUGUGUACUCACUGUCUGAAUCUGAAAUGGCAGCUCUCCGAGAUUUUGUGGCGAGAAAUGUGAAAGAUGGGCUAAUUACUCCAACCAUCGCACCUAAUGGAGCCCAAGUUCUCCAAGUGAAGAGGGGGUGGAAACUGCAAGUCUCUUAUGAUUGCCGAGCUCCAAACAAUUUUACCAUCCAGAAUCAGUAUCCUCGUCUGUCUAUUCCAAAUUUAGAAGACCAAGCUCACCUGGCAACGUACACUGAGUUUGUACCUCAAGUACCUGGAUACCCAACAUACCCUGCGUACGCCACGUACCCGACCUACCCAGUAGGAUUCGCCUGGUACCCUGUGGGACGAGAUGGGCACGGAAGAUCACUAUACGUACCUGUUAUGAUCACUUGGAAUCCGCACUGGUACCGCCAGCCUCCGGUACCACAGUAUCCACCACCGCAGCCACCACCCCCACCGCCGCCCCCACCACCGCCUCCAUCUUACAGCACCAUGUAAACACUGGUCAUGUCCUUCAAGAUCUCUGCUCUCUAAACUUAUUCCUGUUGAGCUUCUCAAUCAGUGACUGUGUGCUAAAUUGGGCUACUGUAUCUUCAGGCCACCUGAGGCACAUCCUCUCUGAAAUGGCUACAGAAGGUCAGGGCCACCCUGGACUGGCACAUAUCCUAAAGCACCAAAAGAUCUUCAGUAUUUUCUGGGAGUAACAAUAUUUACCAACAAAUUAUCUCUGUUUUCCACCCUGACUGCCAAUCUAACUAAAGUAAUUAACAAGUUUACUUUCCAGCAAAUCCUGGAAGCCUGGGUUUUACCUGCUGAAACCUAUGUCACCAUCUUAAAUUACAGACUGCCAAAUUCCUUGUUUAACAUUUACAGAGAAGCUGAUGCAAACAGGAAAUGCUGAUUUCUUUAUGGAGGGGGAGACAAAGAGGAGGAGGACAUGACUUUUCUUGCAGUUUCGGUACUCUCUUUACAUCACUGGAGGACCGGAGCCUUAUUAAGGAAGCCAAAAUUACUGGUGCAGUGUAGAAAGGCUUCCGUGAUGCUCGUGCUGCACCCUUAGAAACUUCACCAUCUUCAAACUCCACUUUCAUGGUUCCGUUAAUUCUCAAGGAGCAGCAACUGGACCGGUUCUCCCAGGAGCAGGCAACGCCCCCGCAACAGGAUACACCUCAGGCCUGAAAAGGAAGUGCUCUCUCAGAUGGACUGUUGGAUGUUAAGAGUGUGCCUUCACAUCCCUGGUGCAAAUCACAUGUACCCAAGAACUCUGGCUUUAACACAACACCUUACCAUCAUCAUGCCAGUAAUGGCUUCCACAAAGUGUUAAACCUGGUAACCAGAGACUACUGGUGACUCCAGGCGUGUUAGAUGUUUGUGAAGUGUUGUGUCCACCUCUCAAUCAUGUGCGAGGGCUAUAGAGUAGCAAAUCAAAAGUACCCAACUCUUAAAAGAGACUGAGUUAAUUGUUACCAACUUGUCCUGGUACUUCAGAAAGUAUUUUCACAAGUGUUGUUAAUUGGCUGGAAAAGCACCAGCUUGAGGUUUUGGAAGCAUCUGUCCAUGUCUCUGCCUCCAUAUGCAUCUGGGCAUUCCAUCAUCUGUCCCCUCAUUGGACGGUAGUAUUUGGAUGAUUAGAGAGGGGAAAUGAUUUAGCACCCAGAUCCACACUCGUAUGCCUGGGAAGGAUGUUUUUGAAGAAGAGGAAUUAGGGCACUGGAUGCUGUCUUGAGGAUAUGGACUUUCACAGACAACACAAGAGUUGUCGUCAAUCCAGUGACACCUCUGGUGUCUCCUGGAGGCUUUGUGCUAACCUGGGACUGCCUGACUUCCUUUAGCCCGGUCCCUUGCUACUACCUUGAACUAUUUGUCUAACCUCUCUCUUUCUGUUUAGUUCUUUACUACUGCCAUUAACCCUGCUGCAGGAUUUGUGUCAUCUUCCUGCCUGGUUGCUGAGACUCCAUUUUGCUGCCACACACGGAGACGAAAGAGGCAGGCUUUAAUUGCCAAAACACAGUUUGAGUAGUAGAAAACAACAUGGUAUAUAUUUCAAAUUCUGUGUCGCAAAGAGGAGCCUGACGGUGAAGUUUCAUCUUUCUUCAGCACCAUCUUUUACAUAUUCAUUAUCACCCACCCUUAUUCUUGCAUGUUUAAAUACUUAAAACUUUUAGCUGUAGUAGUGUCCUUUAACAGUGUUUUAAAGUGGUGACUAUGCUUUCAAAAAUUUCCAUUGAAUUACAAAGUACUAUCCAAUUAUUAUUGUUAGAGUUCAACUAAGUAAAAAUGAUAAGUAACGUCGUGUAAAAUGUUUAUGUACUGUGAACUUCUUACAACACUGUGAAUGCGAGGCUCCUCAGAACUGGAGUAUUUGUAAAAUAGUUCAUCCUGUCCACCUUCAAUCUUCAAUUUUAACAUCAUAUAUAAUUUCAAUUUUAUCAAUUGGGCCUUUAAAGAUCACACAAAAAGAUAUAGAGUUUCAAAGAAGAAACUUAAUUGGCUAUUUACUUAAUCCAAAACAACUUUUAUUUCUUUUCUUCAAUGGAAUCAGAAAGCUUGUCAAUCACUUGUGUGUUUUAGAGUAAUUUUAAAAUGGUGCAUUUGUGCUUCUGGACUAUUUUGAAGCGUCACUUCAGUUUACCUCAGAUAUCAAUCCAUCCUCCAUACAUUUGAAUUCAAGUUGUUUUGUGUCACAUUUACAGUUUUCAGUUGAUCUUCAGGCUGCAGAGAGUCUGUAGCCCCGGCAUGUGCACACGGACAUUUGCCACCACUGCAAGCAAAAGUCUGGAGAAGUUGGCCAACAACAAAAAUGAUCGGGGAGAGGAGGCUGGUGUGGGUUAACAACUCACAAAGUCCCUGACACACAUUUGGCUGUUUACUAAAGCUUGUGAUUAACUUUUUGGCAGUGUGUACUAUGCUCUAUUGCUAUAUAUGCUAUCUAUAAAUGUA